GUGAUAACUUGAUAAGAUAAUGUAUACAUGACCAGUGUGACGAGAUUCUUACGCUCCUUGCGUCUUCCAUAUCGAAACGUAUCGAAAGAAAAAACAUCUUUACGGAUCAGUCAAACAUAUGUAAAUCGACCUAGAUUUUAAAGAUUCGUAAGUCUAACUCUCUUCAAUUGCAUAAAGUGUUUCCUUAAAAAAUUUUGAAAUAUUUGUGGUUAUUACAAUAUACGAAGUCAUAAUUCGUAUAGACAAUUGAUAAUGGCUGAAGUAAUUAUACGAAAGGCUAGACGUGAGGAUUGUGUGGCCAUCAUAGCACUUAUACAGGAAUUAGCAGACUUUGAAAAGAUGUCCGAUGGACCAAAACUUGAUUGCAAGACUCUGGAAAGGGAUGGUUUCGAUGGGCAGCCAUUAUUUUUUUGCAAUGUGGCAACAUUUAAUGAAAAAGUCAUUGGUUAUGCUCUCUUUUUUUAUGCUUAUUCUACAUGGUGUGGAAAGGCCAUGUUCUUGGAGGAUCUCUAUGUGACACCAGAGUUCCGAGGAAAGCACAUUGGCAUUAGACUCUUAAAAUCUGUUGCAAAAGAAGCGAUUGAAAACGGUUGCUGUAAAAUGGAGUUCAUGGUUCUCAAGUGGAACCCAGCAACAGAGUUUUAUAAAAAGUAUGGAGCUAGUGAUCUGACGGUUACAGAAAACUGGCAUUACUACCGUUUCUCUGAUUUGAAAAGAUUGGUAUCUGAAUGUGAAUAACAGAAGCCAAAAGUAUACUAUUUAAAUAUUUUUAGUAAUACCAUUAGUAUGUGUUAUUAGUUUAAUAAUAAAAAUUAUUAGAUAUUA